GCUGACGUCAACAGGAUCGCUUUGGCUUCCAAUCCUGGCGCAGCUCCCCCAAACCGGGCUGGCAAGAAGCUGAGAGUGGAGUGCCUCAAGGAAGCUUUGCCCGCAUGUCCACAUCUCAUUCGCGCGGUGGAUGGCGUUGUUCGAGGUGGCAGCCAGACGGGUCGCUUUGAGCGCAGGUGCCUUGACCCCAACAAGUGGCACCGCUGCCUAGAAACAUCUGUGGGAGAGACGCGUGUCCAAGAAGUCGCCGGUACUUGGGCAGACUGGGCUUGGCCUUCAGCCGCGGAGACUUCCAAUGCGGAUAACUUUGAUGAACCAAUCGGCUUCCCCCAGGGAGACUCUUGGACCAUCUCUUGCAGAGUCAAUGUGGACGGCCUGCAAAAUUUUGGGACCGCUGCGCCCGGAGUCAAAGGACAACAUGCCACGCAAGUGGCCGAACAGUGUGCAAGAGAUGGCCGCGACGAGGGCGCUGGCGUCAUGGUUGUUCCAUGCACCGGUCAUCAAAAAAAGGUUGCCGGAGAAUCUCUUGGGAGAGCCUUCUUCCCAUGGGUGAGUUUCCCAAGUCUGUCUCGGGCCGCAAGGAAUUGCGGUAGCCCUCCGGGAACAAAGGAGUUCGACGUGCCAAAUGCCGUGGUGCACUUUGCUUUGGACUUUGCCCGUCAGUAUGGGCUGGACUUGCCAUGCUUUCGCCGCUACUACGCUUCCAAAGCGGAGUGGCGCAAAGUGGUCAUGAGCUGGUUCUCUUUGCCCGAACAUGAUGCCAAGAAAGCCCUUUUGAUGGCCUGA